UCUGAGAAACGCACGGGACUGGACCGAAAAAAAAAAGUCGUGACUGUUUCCCACCUCCUCACACACCCGCUCCGUCUGGUCCACGCCACACACCGUAGGAUACCCGGGCAGACAUCCCACCCACAUUCAUUAACCGGCGGACAUCACUCGUGUCGGGAUGCUCUGGAUGUGAACAUGGAGUUUUCCUUCCCUCCGGCGUCGGAUACGUUACUGCUUCUCCUCCGCCCGUCCAGUCCUCCCAGCACCGCCGACCGGUCCCCAGCCGCCUCCGCCCGACAGGUGAGCAGCUCGGGGUCACCGGAGCACCGGGGGGCGGCUCUGGAGCCCGCGGAGCCCGCAGGCUCAGCACCCGCCGGACAGCGGAGUACCUGACAGACAGCUCCAUGCUGUCCCCCCUUUAUCAGGACCAUGGCAGCUCGGUGGCGUGGCCCCGGACGUCGUCCUGCUCCUCCUCAUCUCAGGGCCUCCACCGGCCGCUGCGCUGCCACCCUCCCCCCAUCAGCGGUAGCAGCGUGGGCCCCAACCCCACCUACUAUCACGCCGUCUACGACGUCCGCGUGGAGCAGUACAAAGAGGUGCCCUUCGUCAGCGGAGGCGGCAGCUUUGGGGUUCGCUCCGGCCGGAGCUCCAUGUCCCUGGUUACCAGCAACACUGACCCCACGGCCCCGCCGGUCCGCCGGAGGGGAGGACUGGUGGACCACCGGGACGUCAUCCUGGCACACCAGGCCCACAAGCUGCACAACACGCCGCAGGCCAGGAGGAAACAGUGGGAAAUGGCGCGUUUUGGAGACGAGCUACCCAACAGGUAUGGAGGAGGAGGAGGAGGCGGCGGCGGCGGCGGUGGCGGCGGGGGUGCCGGCGGACAAGGGGGCCCCGGCCGCGGCGGCAGCAGGCAAGGGGGUCCCCCCGGAGCGCAGCGGAUGUACAAGCAGUCGAUGGCCCAGAGAGCCCGGACCAUGGCCCUGUACAACCCCAUACCCGUCCGGCAGAGCUGCCUCACGGUCAACCGCUCCCUCUUCCUCUUCAGCGAGGACAACGUGGUGAGGAAGUACGCCAAGAAGAUCACCGAGUGGCCUCCGUUUGAAUGGAUGAUCCUCACCACCAUCAUCGCAAACUGCAUCGUCCUGGCUCUGGAACAGCACCUUCCUGAUGGAGACAAGACGCCUCUGUCCGAACGACUGGAGGAGACAGAGCCCUACUUCAUAGCCAUCUUCUGUUUUGAGUCGGGGAUAAAGAUCCUGGCUCUAGGUUUUGCGUUACAUAAGGGCUCCUAUCUGAGGAACGGCUGGAACGUCAUGGACUUUGUGGUCGUGCUCACCGGUAUUUUGUCGUCAGUGGGGUCUCAGCUCGACCUGAGGACGCUGCGGGCCGUCAGAGUGCUGCGACCGCUGAAACUGGUGUCCGGGAUUCCCAGCCUGCAGGUGGUGCUCAAGUCCAUUAUGAAGGCCAUGAUCCCCCUGCUGCAGAUCGGCCUGCUGCUGUUCGUGGCCAUCCUCAUGUUCGCCAUCAUCGGCCUGGAGUUCUACAUGGGAAAGUUCCACACCACCUGCUAUGAUGAAAUCACAGGAGAGAUCGUGGAUGAAUUGCCAUGUGGCACAGAGUUGCCCUCCCGGCUGUGUCCUAACGACACGGUAUGUAGAGGCGGCUGGCUUGGACCCAACUACGGCAUCACCCAGUUCGACAACAUCCUGUUCGCCGUGCUCACCGUCUUCCAGUGCAUCACCAUGGAGGGAUGGACAGAUAUGCUGUACUACAGUAACGAUGUGGAGGGCAGUGCCUGGAACUGGAUGUACUACAUCCCCCUCAUAAUCAUCGGCUCGUUCUUCAUGCUCAACCUGGUGCUGGGUGUACUCUCAGGUGAAUUUGCCAAAGAGAGAGAGCGAGUGGAGAACAGGAGCGAGUUCCUCAAGCUGAGGCGACAGCAGCAGAUUGAGAGAGAGCUCAACGGAUACCUGGAGUGGAUCUGCAAAGCAGAGGAAGUGAUUCUGGCUGAGGAAGAUGCCACAGGGAACUUUGAUGGCUCGAGGCGAAGGCCAACCAUCAAAAACAAGAACAACAAGACAGAGCUGCUGAACCCUGAGGAGGGAGAGGACAACAUGGGAGAUGCAGUAGGUUUCGCCCGCUCCAGUAUAAAGAGCGGCAAGGAGGGCUCCAAUUACAGUAAGAAGGAGCGCCGGCUGCGAUUCUUCAUCCGCAAGAUAGUGAAGACGCAGGCUUUCUAUUGGACGGUCCUCUGCCUGGUGGGCCUCAACACCAUUUGUGUGGCUGCGGUGCACUACAACCAGCCUGAGCUCCUCUCUGACUUCCUCUUCUAUGCAGAGUUUAUCUUCCUCGGUUUGUUCAUGUCUGAGAUGCUGAUCAAGAUGUAUGGUCUGGGCAUCCAGCCCUACUUCCACUCCUCAUUCAACUGCUUUGACUGUGUGGUAAUCGUGGGCAGUAUCUUCGAGGUGGUGUGGGCCACCAUCAAACCCGGCACGUCCUUCGGGAUCAGCGUGCUACGAGCUCUGCGACUGCUCCGCAUCUUCAAAGUCACCAAGUACUGGGCUCCUCUUCGAAACCUGGUGGUUUCUCUGCUAAACUCCAUGAAGUCCAUCGUCAGUUUGCUCUUCCUCCUCUUCCUCUUCAUCGUGGUCUUUGCCUUGCUGGGGAUGCAGCUGUUUGGAGGACAAUUCAACUUUGAAACCGGAACGCCGCCCACUAACUUUGACACUUUUGCCGCGGCAAUCAUGACAGUGUUUCAGAUCCUGACAGGAGAGGACUGGAACAUGGUGAUGUACGAUGGCAUUGAGUCCCAGGGAGGAGUGAACGACAAAGGGAUGGUUUUCUCCAUCUUCUUCAUUGUCCUCACACUCUUUGGCAACUACACUCUGCUAAACGUCUUCUUGGCCAUCGCUGUUGACAAUCUGGCCAACGCCCAGGAGCUCACCAAGGAUGAGGAGGAACAAGAGGAGGCAGCCAAUCAGAAGACAGCACUGCAGAAGGCUAAGGAGGUGGCGGAGGUCAGCCCGCUGUCGGCAGCCAAUCUGUCUAUUGCUGCUAAAGAGCAGCAGAAGAACCACACCAAGGGGAACAAGUCGGUGUGGGAGCAGAGGACGAGCGAGAUCCGCAGACAGAACCUGAUGACAAGCCGCGAGGCGCUCUACAACGAGCUAGAGCAGGACGACUGGAAGGUGGGAGGGGAGGGAGAGGAGGUGUCCUACCCACGGAAAGGACGUGGUGACAUGAAGACCCACUUGGACCGGCCUCUGGUGGUCAACCCACAGGACAACCGCAACAACAACACCAACAAGACCCAACCUGGUGAGCUUCCUCUGGACCAGGAGUACCGGCACCAGGACAUCGACCACUACCGCCGAGUCGCCCACUACUACCACUACCACCACCAUCACCAUCAGAAAGCCAUUGGGCCAGACAGUGGAGACACAGGACAGCCAACAGAGACCCGCAUGGAGCACGGAUUCAGCUGCACAUCUCUAGGAAACGUGGAGGGCAGUGUGGAGGUGCAGCAGGGGGAAGAAAGGCAUAGCCACAGGAGCCACCGGGGCCACCGGCACAGGAACAGGGAAAGCAGGGAGGCUCGCAGCGCAUCUCCCCACCAUAGCGAAGGGGGAGAGGGGCACAAUGAGCACAGGAGGUCCAGGCAGCACCGCAGGGCAGCAAGGGAGGGGGAGGAGGGUAGAAGACACAGAUCCAGGGGGACGGAGGGAGAGGGGGAGAAAGGCGAGGAAGGUGAGGGACGGAAGACAAGACGGCAUCGCCACGGCAACCAGGAGAGGAGCAGAGGGCAUCGCACCAGAAAGGAGCACCACAGCACCGGUCCCAGUCUGUCCACCACACGACCUAUACAGCAGUACAACGAGGACCUGGACAACUUCCGCAACAACAGCAAGCUGGCCAGUGCCCAUGAGCAUCCUUACGCCCUCCCACCGGAUCAUCCCGACCACCCAGACCACGUCAACAACCUGCUGAACUGCCGCGACGCCGACACCCACACCCUGCUCCACAGCAUGGACAGCCUGAUCCUGACCAGCAUGGCCAAACCCAACUACACAACCAUAGACAUGCCCCCUGUCUACCCCUACCCCUCCACCAACGCCAUCCUGCAAGUGAACAAGAACGCCAACACCGACCAGAAAAAGGGCGAUGAGAAGAAGGAAGAGGAGGAUGAGGGAGGAGAUGAAGAUGGCCCCAAACCAAUGCCUCCCUACAGCUCCUGCUUCAUAAUGUCCACCACCAACCCGUUUCGGAAGUGCUGUCACUACAUCCUGACUCUGAAGUACUUUGAGUUCAGCAUCCUGUCUGUAAUCGCUAUGAGCAGCAUUGCUCUCGCUGCAGAGGACCCCGUCUUGCCUGACUCACCACGAAACAAUGUGCUGCGUUAUUUUGACUACGUUUUCACAGGCGUCUUCACGUUUGAAAUGUUGAUCAAGAUGGUGGUGCUGGGCUUGUUUCUCCACCAGGGCUCCUACUUCCGCGACUUGUGGAACAUUCUGGACUUUAUAGUGGUUAGUGGUGCUCUGGUGGCCUUCGCCUUCACGCCGAGCAGCACCCGGGGGAGCAGCAAGGGCAAAGACAUCAGCACAAUCAAGUCCCUUCGAGUGCUGAGGGUGCUGCGUCCUCUAAAGACCAUCAAACGUCUCCCCAAGUUAAAGGCUGUGUUCGACUGUGUGGUCAACUCUCUGAAGAACGUGCUGAACAUCUUAAUCGUCUACAUGCUCUUCAUGUUCAUCUUCGCUGUGGUGGCCGUACAGCUCUUCAAGGGUCGCUUCUUCUACUGCACGGACGAAUCCAAAGAGUUUGAGCGUGACUGCAGGGGCGAGUACUUGGUGUAUGAUAGAGAUGAGGUAAAAGCUCAGAAGCGGGAGUGGAAGAAGUACGAUUUCCACUACGACAACGUGGCUUGGGCCCUGCUCACCCUCUUCACUGUCUCAACUGGAGAGGGGUGGCCGCAAGUGUUAAAGCACUCAGUGGACUCCACCUAUGAGAAUCAGGGCCCUAGCCCGGGUUACAGGAUGGAAAUGUCCAUCUUUUACGUGGUGUACUUCGUUGUCUUCCCCUUCUUCUUCGUAAACAUCUUUGUGGCUCUCAUCAUCAUCACCUUCCAGGAACAGGGGGAUAAGAUGAUGGAGGACUACAGCUUAGAAAAGAACGAGAGAGCCUGUAUAGAUUUCGCCAUCAACGCCAAGCCUCUGACUCGCCACAUGCCGAAGAAUAAACUGAGCUUCCAGUAUCGCAUGUGGCAGUUUGUGGUGUCUCCGCCCUUCGAGUACAGCAUCAUGGCUCUGAUCGCGCUCAACACCAUCGUCCUCAUGAUGAAGUUCGACGGCGCAUCGGUAACUUACGACAACGUCCUGAAGAACCUCAACAUUGUGUUCACCACCUUCUUCUUCAUGGAAUCAGUCCUCAAGAUCAUCGCUUUUGGCCCUCUGAAUUACUUCAGAGAUGCCUGGAACAUUUUUGAUUUUGUCUCCGUCCUUGGAAGCAUCACUGACAUAUUAGUGACAGAACUAGGGAACAACUUCAUCAACCUGAGCUUCCUGAGGCUGUUCAGGGCAGCUCGUCUCAUCAAGCUGCUGAGACAGGGAGAGACCAUUCGCAUCCUGCUGUGGACCUUCGUCCAGUCCUUCAAGGCUCUGCCAUACGUGUGUCUGCUCAUCGCCAUGCUCUUCUUCAUCUACGCCAUUAUCGGCAUGCAGUUGUUCGGUAACCUGGCACUAGAUGAGGAGGGAGAGAGUGCCAUCAAUGAGCACAAUAACUUCAGAACCUUCAUCAUGGCCCUAAUGCUGCUGUUCAGGAGCGCGACCGGGGAGGCGUGGCACGAGAUCAUGUUGGCUUGCCUGGGUGGUAAGGAGUGCGACCCGGCCUCGGGGAACACGGAACCCGAGUGUGGCAGCACUUUCGCCUACACCUAUUUUGUCUCAUUCAUCUUCCUCUGCUCCUUCCUGCUGCACCCACAUGAACCCGGCCGGAUCAGUUACACAGACAUGUAUCAGAUGCUAAGACACAUGUGUCCGCCGCUAGGCCUUGGGAAGAGGUGUCCCGCCCGGGUCGCCUAUAAGAGGCUGCUGCGCAUGGAUCUGCCGGUUGCAGAUGACAACACGGUGCAUUUUAACUCCACCCUCAUGGCUCUGAUCAGGACAGCCCUGGAUAUAAAGAUUGCCAAGGGUGGUGCAGACAAGCACCAGAUGGAUGCAGAGCUGAGAAAGGAGAUGAUGGCAAUUUGGCCAAACUUAUCGCAGAAGACACUGGACCUGCUGGUUACGCCGCACAAGGCAGCCACGGACUUGACGGUGGGCAAAAUCUACGCCGCCAUGAUGAUCAUGGAAUACUACCGGCAGAGCAAGACGAAAAAGCUGCAGGCCCUGCGAGAGGAACAGAACCGAACGCCAUUAAUGUUUCAGCGCAUGGAGCCGCCCUCUGAGGUUGGGGGCACGGAUGGCCAGGGGGGCCAGGGCGUGAAUGGCCUCCCCAGCACCCAGCCGGACAACAUCAACAGCAUACCUCCCGAGGGUGGCAUGACUGAGAGCCAGUCGUGGGUGACGGCCAAAGCCCAGGAAAUGUUCCAAAAGACGGGAAACUGGAGCCCCGACAGACCCUACCCCGACGAUCUCCACGACAACCGGCACAACCCCCAGACUGUAGAGAUGAGGGAGAUGGGGCGGGACGGGUACUCCGACACUGAGCCCUAUCACCCAAUGGAUGGGCAUGGGCGGACCCUCUCCAUGCCCCGCCUCUCGGCAGACAACCAAAGAGUUCAUGCUGUUUCGCGGAGGAGACACAGGCCCCGCGGAAAUAACCUCAGUACCAUCACCGACACCAGUCCCAUGCGUCGCUCCACCUCCAGCCUGGUCCACGGGCGUACGGGCCGGGGCGUGAGGCUGGACGACUACUCCUUGGAGAGGGUGGUGUCCGAGGAGGGGAGGCACGGAGGAGGACGCAGGCACAGGGACCGGAGCCACCGCACCUCACAGCGCUCCCUGACCAGAUACACUGACGCGGACACGGGUGAGCCACAUAUCUCCUUGCUAGGGCUGGGCACAGACCUCAGCACCACCACGCAGUCAGGUGACCUGCCGCCCAAGGAGCGCGAGCGGGACCGCGGCCGGACAAAGGACCGUCGUCACCAUCAUCACCACCACCAUCACCACAGCUCCAUGGACAAGGAGCGCUACGGUCCCGACCGCCACGACUAUCCUCACAGACAUCCCCACGACCGCCACUGGUCCCGGUCGCCCAGCGAGGGGCCUGACGGACGCGGUCACAGACAGGGCAGUAGUUCGGUGAGCGGCAGCCCGGUCCCCUCCACCUCGGGGACCAGCACUCCACGGAGAGGUCGUCGCCAGCUGCCCCAGACACCUGCUGUCCCCCGUCCACAUGUCACCUACUCCCCCGCUGUUCGCAAGCCCAGCUACGGCCCCCCUGGGCCGGGCCGCCUGCGCUCACCCUCCCCCCGACACUUCUCCCCACCAGAUCACGACAGAGGCUACCACCACCGACCCCCGUCACGCCACGCCUCUCCCCACCACGGGGGCUCCUCAUCCCGACACGGUUCACCGCGCUCCCCCAGGCACCAGUCCCCACGCUCGCCACUCCACGGUUCACCUAGGUCCCCUCACCGAGGCCGCUGGAGCGGGCCUCCACCUGGGGACAGCCUGGAGGGCGAUGGGCCCUUCUACGAGCAUGAUUACGAGUACGAGCGGCACCACGAGCCCCCUGCCUACGAGCAAAGCCUCUCCCAUGGCAACCCACACCCGCAUGGGGGAAAUCCUCACCCGCACCCACGCUCACCUAGGACUGCCCGUCACGGGCCCCCUCCGCCCCCUCACCCGCAUCCACGCAGGGUGCCCAAUGGCUACCGCUCAUCCUCACCUUCCCCGCAUCGACGGGGACCACCUGGGGUACCCCCCCACCCGCACCACCGCCCCCCCCACGCCAGAGGGCCUCGCAAGGGCCUGCAUGAACCUUACAGUGAGACGGAUGAAGAUGACUGGUGCUAGCGACCACAGGGAGCGAGGGGUAAGGGCAGGAGAGGAGAAGAAGAACAGCAGCCUCCAGUGCUCUGGCCUUGGAUAUGUAGACUUUUAAUAAAGUGGUGGUGGUGGAAAUGUUGGGGGGGUUGGACGCCCUAAAAACCCUCUACCUUCCCCCCUCGGACUCUAAAUGAGAGGAAGGGGCAGAGGGGAGGGGUUUGAUGGUGCUGCAAUAGCCUUUUACACAUUUUGUGUAAGACUCAAAUCAGUGACAGAGCAUCACAUGGAUACAAUGAAAAAGAGACAGCGAAGAUAACAAGGGCAAAGCCUGGGCACAGUUUACCUCUGCCUCUCUCAGUCUCAGAACUACACGUCCCAAAAUUCUCUGCUUGACCAGCAAGGCCAGGCCGCAGGAGGAAGAGAGAGGUGUGGGAACAGAAAACAAGGGAGAAGCAUGUCACUGUAAAAAACGGCCAUUGAUCAUUGCAGUUUACGAGGCCUGAAAGCGCUUCUCCCAGACUGACACGUGAUGGAUUGGUUCCGUCAGAUGUGCGCUAUCCAUCGCCGGCCAGUCUGCCAAAUGUAAAAGCCUGAACACGAGUCGGAACGCAGAGUCCACCGCUUUGAUUCUGCUCCUCGACAGAUAUGUUUAAAGAAAAAUAAAUAAACAAAAAGCCAGGACCCCCCCUAACCCUUACAUGCCAAGCUAUGCCUCCAGAAAAUCAAACUUGAACAAUGAAGAACAAAAUGAAACUUUACAUGACAAACUAUGAAAAGAAAAAAAGGGAGAACAACCACUUUAUCUUUAACCUUUUUCCUUUCAAAGGGACAGAACCAGGAAUCUCCGCCUAUACUGCAAAAACCAGCCAAUCUCAGCGCUGGCUGAUAUUUGAUGAGUUUUAUCAUCUCUGUUUACUGUUAAAGACCCACUUAAUGCUGACGGAA